AUGAAGGAGGACAGGGCGAUGAGGGAGGAGAGGGCGAUGAGGGAGGACAGGGCAAUGAAGGAGGACAGGGCGAUGAGGGAGGAGAGGGCAAUGAGGGAGGCGAGGGAGGAGAGGGCGAUGAGGGAGGAGAGGGCGAUGAGGGAGGAGAGGGCGAUAAGGGAGGAGAGGGCGAUUAGGGAGGAGAGGGCGAUGAGGGAGGAGAGGGCGACGAGGGAGGAGAGGGCAAUGAAGGAGGAGAGGGAGGAGUGGGCGAUGAGGGAGGAGAGGGAGGAGUGGGCGAUGAGGGAGGAGAGGGAGGAGAGGGCGAUGAGGGAGGACAGGGCAAUGAAGGAGGACAGGGCGAUGAGGGAGGAGAGGGCGAUGAGGGAGGAGAGGGAGGAGAGGGCGAUGAGGGAGGAGAGGGCGAUGAGGGAGGAGAGGGCGAUGAGGAAGGAGAGGGCGAUGAGAGAGGAGAGGGCGAUGAGGGAGGAGAGGGCGAUGAGGGAGGAGAGGGCGAUGAGGGAGGAGAGGGCGAUGAGGGAGGACAGGGAGGAGAGGGCGAUGAGGGAGGAGAGGGCAAUGAAGGAGGACAGGGAGGAGUGGGCGAUAAGGGAGGAGAGGGCGAUGAGGGAGGACAGGGAGGAGAGGGCCAUGAGGGAGGAGAGGGCGAUGAGGGAGGACAGGGAGGAGAGGGCGAUGAGGGAGGAGAGGGCAAUGAAGGAGGAGAGGGAGGAGAGGGCGAUGAGGGAGGAAAGGGCGAUGAGAGAGGAGAGGGCGAUGAGGGAGGGCAGGGAGGAGAGGGCGAUGAGGGAGGUGAGGGCGAUGAGGGAGGAGAGGGCGAUGAGGGAGGACAGGGAGGAGAGGGCGAUGAGAGAGGAGAGGGCGAUGAGGGAGGGCAGGGAGGAGAGGGCGAUGAGGGAGGACAGGGAGGACAGGGAGGAGAGGGCGAUGAGGGAGGAGAGGGCAAUGAGGGAGGACAGGGCAAUGAAGGAGUACAGGGCGAUGAGGGAGGAGAGGGCGAUGAGGGAGGAGAGGGCGAUGAGGGAGGACAGGGCAAUAAAGGAGUACAGGGCGAUGAGGGAGGAGAGGGCGAUGAGGGAGGAGAGGGCGAUGAGGGAGGCGAGGGAGGAGAGGGCGAUGAGGGAGGAGAGGGCGAUGAGGGAGGAGAGGGCGAUGAGGGAGGAGAGGGCGAUGAGGGAGGACAGGUCGAUGAAGGAGGACAGGGCGAUGAGGGAGGAGAGGGCGAUGAGGGAGGACAGGGAGGAGAGGGCGAUGAGGGAGGAGAGGGAGGAUGAGGGCGAUGAGGGAGGAGCAUGGGGAGGAGAGGGCGAUGAGGGAGGAGAGGGCGAUAGGAGGAGAGGAGGGAGGGAGCGAUGA